AUGAAUCUGAAUCACGAAUACAUUGCUGCUCAUCUCAGUGAUUAUAUUCAAAACGAAAACUUUUUUGAUACAUUCGAUAUCAUAGAGAUCAAAAGAAUCAUGAAAUAUUCACGUUUAACCGCCGAUGAGUACGUUACUCUUCUUAAACAGUCUUCAUCAACUCUUAAUGCCAAAGAAUUAUAUAUCAGUACACGAAAAGCAAAUGUUACUAUCCAAAACAUCGAAGAAGUUGUUUCAAUUCUUAACUUCGUCAAAAAGUACAUGAAAUUCCAUAUAUUUGAUGGAAUUAUUGAUUUCAUCAAUGAAAACGACAAACAUAUGCGUGAUUCUAAAGAAGAAAUCAAACAACAUCAAACAGAAAUAAAAACAUUACAGAAUCAAAUACAAAAUUCUGCCAAAGAAACUACAGUCACUCGAACUAAUGAAGAUCACAACUAUUCUAGAGAAUUUUUAACCAAAAUCUCAUCACUUAAAGAAACCAAAGAUUUUUAUCGUGUUUACCAAUUCUUUGAAGAACUUUCUUCUAAAGGAAAUCGCGAAAUUAUUUCAAAGGCUUGUGAAGAAGGACUUUGGAAGAAGACAACAGAUUAUGGAAAGAAUGUACUUCAUGUUGCAAGUGAAAAAGGAAAUCUUAAUCUUGUCAAAUCACUUAUUGAAUGUGGCUGUGAUAAAGAAGCAAAGUCUAAAUAUGGAUAUACUCCACUCAUUUGGGCAUCAUAUUAUGGUUAUCUUGAAGUUGUUAAAUAUCUUAUCUCAGUUGGAGCUGAUAAAGAAGCAAAAGAAAAUAAUGGAUAUACUCCACUCAUUUGGGCAUCAUAUUAUGGUUAUCUUGAAGUUGUUAAAUAUCUUAUCUCAGUUGGAGCUGAUAAAGAAGCAAAAGAAAAUAAUGGAUAUACUCCACUCAUUUUUGCAUCAGAUAAUGGUCAUCUUGAAGUUGUUAAAUAUCUUAUCUCAGUUGGAGCUGAUAAAGAAGCAAAGUCUAAA